GCUACUGGUAUCCUAGCAACGUGAGUAUAGACAUCCUGUGGAUGAAGUAGUGACUCAAACAAGUAACGAAUUGACAAUGCCAUUUAAAUGAACUGCAUAUUGCUGCACAUUGUUUGUUGAAGCUAGUUACUGCCCAGCGACAUUAAGCUUAAGGUUUUGAGUAAUUCGUCAUUCAGAGAUGAACGAGACUUCAAAUUGUCGAAUUUAUGUGGAAAGAACACUGGCUCUGAUUAAACCAGACGCCAUCGACAAAGCUGAGGAGAUUGAGGACAUUAUCUUAAAAUCGGGCUUCAUCAUUUUGCAGAAGCGGAAGCUGCAGCUCAGUCCGGAGCAAUGCAGCGACUUCUACGCUGACCACUAUGGAAAGCUGUUGUUUCCCACCUUGACGGCCUUCAUGAGCUCUGGGCCUGUCGUUGCCCUGACUCUGGCUCGUGAAAAUGCUAUUGACUACUGGAAGUCCAUCAUGGGACCUGUCAACAGCACCAAGGCUAAAGAAACUCAUCCAGAAUGCAUUAGGGCAAAAUAUGGCACAUCCGACUUGAAAAACGCUGUCCAUGGCAGUGACUCUUUUCAUGCAGCUGUUCGGGAGAUCAAAUUCAUGUUCCCAAACUCUGUAAUCGAGCCCUUUCCUUCAAAAGAAGAAACCGAGCAAUACCUGAGCCGGUAUGUCAACCCAACGCUACUACGUGGACUCACUGAGCUCUGCAAGCAUAAGCCACACAAUCCAUGUAUUUGGCUUGCUGAUUGGCUGAUCAAAAACACUCCAGACAAACCACAAGUAUGUGAAGCAGCCAUUGUGGAAUAGAAUAUCAGGAGAAACAAGAGUAGAAUAAAUGAUGGCAAACCAUGUCUUUUUAUGUCUUUAAUACUAUAAUAAAGUAACCAGCGCCA